AGCCGAGCCGCUCUCGCGAGGCCAGGGGAAGUGCAGCCAAGAACCCCUGUGCAGUGUGGAGGUCGUAGGAGUCACUUACUCACCGCCAGGUCCUUCGCUUGCUGGUCCGCGCCCCGCCCGCCGCAGCCAUGCUCUCAGCCCUUGCCCGGCCUUCCGGCGCCGCUCUCCGCCGCAGCUUCAGCACCUCGGCCCAGAACAAUGCUAAGGUAGCCGUGCUCGGGGCUUCUGGAGGAAUUGGGCAGCCCCUUUCACUUCUCCUGAAGAACAGUCCUUUGGUGAGCCGCCUGACCCUCUACGAUAUUGCUCAUACGCCUGGAGUGGCGGCGGAUCUGAGCCACAUCGAGACCAGAGCAAAUGUGAAAGGCUACCUCGGACCUGAGCAGCUGCCCGAAUGCCUGAAAGGUUGUGAUUUGGUGGUUAUUCCAGCCGGAGUCCCAAGAAAACCAGGCAUGACACGGGAUGACCUGUUCAACACCAAUGCCACAAUUGUGGCCACCUUGACUGCUGCGUGUGCUCAACAUUGCCCUGACGCCAUGAUCUGUGUCAUUGCAAAUCCGGUCAACUCCACCAUCCCAAUCACGUCAGAAGUUUUCAAGAAACAUGGAGUAUACAACCCCAGUAAAAUCUUUGGGGUGACGACCCUGGAUAUUGUCAGAGCCAACACUUUUGUUGCAGAACUGAAGGGUUUGGAUCCAGCUCGAGUCAAUGUCCCUGUCAUUGGCGGCCAUGCUGGGAAGACCAUCAUCCCCCUGAUCUCUCAGUGCACUCCCAAGGUGGACUUUCCCCAGGACCAGCUGACAGCGCUUACUGGGCGGAUCCAGGAGGCUGGCACGGAGGUGGUCAAGGCUAAAGCUGGAGCAGGCUCUGCCACCCUGUCCAUGGCAUAUGCCGGAGCCCGGUUUGUCUUUUCCCUUGUGGAUGCAAUCAACGGAAAGGAAGGAGUGGUUGAAUGUUCUUUUGUUAAAUCCCAAGAAACGGACUGUCCCUAUUUCUCCACACCAUUGCUGCUUGGAAAAAAGGGCAUCGAGAAAAAUCUAGGCAUUGGCAAAGUUUCCCCUUUUGAAGAGAAGAUGAUAGCUGAUGCCAUUCCUGAGCUGAAAGCCUCAAUCAAGAAAGGAGAAGAGUUUGUGAAGAACAUGAAAUGAGAAAACUGUUAGCAGGCAGUCCAUUUCCUUAACUUAUUAAGGCAUUCUGUCACUGUAAAGCAUUUCAGAUUUCUUUGUAUUUCAUUUUGCUUUAACGAUGAAUAUUGUAUUAAUGUUACCAUCCCUUCCUAGUUGCGGAUCAGUCUAUUGGUGCAUCAAUAAAAGUAGGCUUUGAUUUUCUUUUUCAAGGUCUCUGCCAUAAA